CAAGACUUAAUACCUGCUCGUACACCCGUUUUCUACAAAAGAGUUGGCAUGACACCUCAAUCUUUGUGUAUCUUGAGUUUCAGACCAUAUACGGCACAUCUCCUAUCAAAGCAUAAUAUUAUUCGUUCUUUCUCCUCUAGUUAAUUUUCCUCUACAACCUCUUCUCUAUUAAGUAUUAGAAAUAUGGGUGACCUGGUAAGCCUUCGUGUUAUCAUAGCAAGAGCCUAGUGACUAACUUCAUCCAAGCCGGACGAGAUCAGGCUCAAGCCAAACAAGGACGGCUCUUUCAUUCGGCCUGACAGUGCCUUUCGCAGCUUCGUAUCACAGGAGCCAGAUUCUCAGUUCCCGGCCGAGAAAGACCGCUAUGCUCUUUAUCUGAGCCCAGGAUGUCCAUGGUCUCAUCGCGCCAUGAUCGUGAGAAGCCUCAAGAAACUCGAGAAUAUAAUCGACUUGUACAUCUGCUCGCUCACUAUGGGUAAAGAUGGUUGGUUUUUCGAUGACAGCCCAGAAGCAGCCAAGUAUGGUGUCCUCCCUAAGGACCCGCUUUAUGGGCUCGACACGUUGAAGCAACUUUAUCUCAAGGCCAACCCAAAUUAUGAGGGUCGAUACACAGUGCCCGUCCUCUGGGAUAAGAAGACCCACACCAUGGUGAACAACGAGUCGAGCGACAUCAUUCGGAUGCUCUACACAGAGUUCGACCACCUUCUUCCCGAGGAAGAUCGUGAAAGUCACAAACCUGGACGAGAACUCUACCCAGAGCGCUUGAGAGAUAAGAUUGAUGAGAUCAAUGAAUGGGUCUACGGCACUGUCAACAACGGAGUCUACAAGACCGGCUUUGCAACGUCUCAAGCUGCAUAUGAAGAAAACGUCGUAAAGGUCUUCAAGUCACUCGAUCGACUCGAGAAAAUCCUCGACAAUAGACCCUUUCUUCUCGGCAAGACCAUCACUGAGGCUGACAUCCGUCUGUUCCCAACCAUCCUCCGUUUCGACGUUGGGUACGUCCCUAUUUUCAUGUGCAACCUUGGAACCAUCAGGGAUCACUAUCCGAAUUUGCAUCUUUGGCUGAGGAGGCUUUACUGGGACAAUAGCUUCAGAACUCAUGGCGCGUUUCGAAAGACUUCGGAGCCUUGGCUUGAGAAGUACAAGACCGGUUAUGCGAACGCGAGACGGAGAGUUCUUGGUAUCACUGGGCCGGAUAUUGUUCCCAAGGGGCCUCUGGUGUUGAUCCACGAGUUAGAGGAGGGGGAGAGGCUUUCGGCCUGAUCACGAAGUAUGGCGGUCACUGAAAUAUGAAACCAGCAGUGAUGAACAUGAUAUUGCUUUGUCUACAUAUGAUGUUCAACAUCUACUUGGCGAUUAGGCAUUAGUGAAUGAGAUGACUUCCUUAACCGCCGUAUUCCUACACCAGUUCAUGAUAAGCGUCAACGUUCACUGCUGGCAUCGGGCCUUGUACUUGACCAGCAAUGCUCCAAGUGUGAGAGCACUCAGCCAAGCAGCCAACCAGGUAGCUCUGUUCUUCCGGAAUACCAAACUUCUCGAUAGACCUCGAGGCUUGUAUGGAUGCGUAAAUCAAUAUGAGUGGUGCAUGACGAAGCCCGUAUUGCAUUUUAUAAACCCGAACCAGAGCAAGGAUAUCUUGAGCUGCCGUAGUGCAAGACAGAAGUGCAGCUUCUCGGGCCGAGGCAACGUUACUAGUGGUGGCCGACUCAUAGUUCAAGGCAAUACGAAUACUGCUAUAAAGAAGGCUUCAUAAUAACGAU